AAGAAGCAGACGAAGAAGAAGUGCGCUUCAGACAUGGCUGAAAACACAGCAAACAAACACGAAGAUGGAUCUUAUUUUUGCAAAGAAAGAAUAAAGUACAGCGAAGAGGAAGAGGCCAGACUGGAAAGGCAGCACUUUUGGAGAAUAAUCGAUGCUUUUAGAUAUUACAGGGUCCAUGUGCAGGAGCAGGUCAAACGUGCUGAGCGUCAGUUCCGUAGCCUGCCACAGCACCAUCAAAAUAUGCUGCCUGGUGUUUUAUCCAACUUGACUUGCAUCAGUCAGUGUGCCGACCACAACCAAGACGUGUUACAGGCUAUCAUCCAGAACAGCCUCCACAUGUUCGAGAACAUUGAAUAUGGAAAUAGGGAGGAUCCGAGGAAGACACGUACACCCUCUACAUUUGACAUGGACAAGCUAAAGUCCACCAUAAAACAGUUUGUAAGAGACUGGAGUGAAGCAGGCCAGGCGGAGAGGGACACCUGCUAUCAACCCAUCAUUCAAGAGAUCCAGAGACUCUUCCCAAGUGACAAAUAUGAUGUGUCUAAGGUGAGCGUGCUUGUCCCGGGGGCCGGGCUUGGACGUCUGGCCUGGGAAAUCGCUCGGCUGGGUUACAUGUGCCAGGGCAACGAAUGGAGCUUCUUUAUGCUCUUCUCUUCAAACUUUGUUCUCAACAGGUGUGAAAAGGUGAACUCUCUGACCCUGUACCCCUGGAUCCACCAGUUUAGUAACAACAAGAAAUCAUCUGACCAGACAAGACCAAUCAGAUUCCCUGAUGUGGACCCUCAGAGCCUGCCACUGAGUUCAGACUUCUCCAUGGUAGCAGGGGACUUCCUUGAGGUCUACAGUGAUUCAGACACCUGGGACUGUGUGGCUACCUGCUUCUUCAUUGACACAGCUCAUAAUGUGUUAGAGUAUGUGGAGACCAUCUGGAAAAUUCUGAAGCCUGGUGGAGUGUGGAUCAACUUGGGUCCACUGCUGUACCACUUUGAGAAUCUGGCCAAUGAGCUUUCAGUUGAACUUAGUUAUGAAGACAUCAGGUCAGCGAUGGUUAAAUAUGGCUUCCAUAUAGAGGUGGAAAGAGAGUCGGUACCAACCACAUACACAGAGAAUGACCGCUCUAUGUUGCGAUAUGUUUACGACUGUGUCUUCUUUGUGGCACGGAAACCCACAGGGGUUUAUAUGAAUGUUCAGCAAGACAACCAACAACAGAGUUUGCCACCUGCUGCUAAGUCACCACGGCGAGAUGAUACAGCCAGCCCGACGUGACAGAAAAUCCUGUGAUGACAAAAUAAACUUAAAGGAGCACAUUGGACAAUUAUGCCAGAAGAAUGAAAGACUGAAAAGACAAGAACAUGGACAAAGAAGGAAAACAAAUCAGUGGAAGUAAUUUUGUCACAUAUCUGUUUUAGUAAUUCAUGACAUGUCUUUCUCAGUUGGAAGCAUGCAAAGGAUCUGAUCCUGGCUACAACUGUAAAUUUUACUUUCACAAAUCUGAAAAUAUCAUCAGCUGAAGUUAUAUACUCUCAGAAAAAGUAAAAUGAUGUGUGUGCAUGAAAUUUACAGAUUAUGCAGUGAAUAAGAGUCCAUCAAUCACUGGGUUUAAGAGGAGUCUACUCAUGACUGUCAUUGAUCUUCUAACCAUGUCAAUUACAAAACAUCAAGAUUUCUUCUAAGUCUUGCAGUCGUUGUCUGCAGUAACUGUCACUGCCUGAAAGUGCUUUGUGUACAUUUACGUAUUGAAUCUAUUUAUUUUUUCUACCAUGGUGCCAAUAACCAUAUUUGCAUUCAUCAUUAGCAACUGCUGAGAAUGUAAUCAAAACUAAUCUGCUUUUCAGGAAAAGUUGUUUUAAAAUUGUAAAUUACUUCUUAUUACACUUUGGAAUAAAGUAAAACAUUUUAAAACUUUCCA